UGGAAAGAGUGGAAAGAGAAAACCUUUCAGACUACUGUGUUCUUGGUCAGCGUCCCAUGCAUUUACCAAAUAUCAACCAGCUGGCGACCUUGGGAAAAACUAACGAACAGUCUCCUCAUGGCCAAAUUCACCACAGUACUCCAAUCCGAAACCAAGUGCCAACGAUGCAGACAAUGAUAAACCCUGGGCUCCUGUCUCCUCAGCUCAGUCCUCAACUGGUGAGGCAGCAAAUAGCAAUGGCCCAUCUGAUAAACCAACAGAUUGCUGUCAGCCGGCUAUUGGCUCACCAGCACCCGCAGGCUAUCAACCAGCAGUUCUUGAAUCAUCCACCCAUCCCUAGAGCUGUCAAACCAGAGCCAUCAAAUUCGUCGGUGGAAGUCUCUCCAGAUAUUUACCAGCAAGUCAGAGAUGAGCUGAAGAGAGCCAGUGUGUCUCAAGCUGUCUUUGCAAGAGUAGCAUUCAACCGCACACAGGGCUUGUUGUCAGAGAUCCUGCGUAAAGAAGAAGACCCUAGGACAGCUUCGCAGUCCCUCCUGGUAAACUUAAGGGCAAUGCAGAAUUUCCUCAACUUGCCUGACUCGGAGCGGGAUCGUAUCUAUCAGGACGAGAGAGAAAGAAGUAUGAACCCUAACGUGAGCAUGGUGUCUUCAGCUGCUAGCAGCCCAAGCUCCUCCAGAACCCCCCAGGCCAAAACCUCGACACCAACAGCAGACCUCCCCAUUAAGGCGGACGGCGCCAACGUCAACAUCACAGCUGCCAUUUAUGACGAGAUCCAACAGGAGAUGAAAAGGGCCAAGGUGUCUCAAGCUCUGUUUGCCAAAGUGGCUGCCAAUAAAAGUCAGGGCUGGCUGUGUGAGCUGCUUCGCUGGAAAGAAAAUCCAAGUCCGGAAAACCGCACCCUUUGGGAGAACCUCUGCACCAUUCGCCGCUUCCUGAACCUUCCCCAGCAUGAGAGGGAUGUGAUCUACGAGGAAGAGUCCAGACAUCACCACAGUGAGCGCAUGCAGCAUGUUGUCCAGCUCACUCCUGAGCCCGUGCAGGUGCUGCACAGACAGCAGUCCCAGCCUGCAAAGGAGAAUUCCCCUCCUAGAGAAGAGGCCCCUCCUCCACCUGCUGAGGACAGUUGUGCCAAAAAGCCAAGAUCCCGUACCAAGAUCUCCUUGGAAGCUCUGGGUAUCCUUCAAAGCUUUAUCCACGACGUGGGUCUCUACCCUGAUCAGGAAGCCAUCCACACCCUCUCUGCGCAGCUGGAUCUCCCCAAACACACCAUCAUCAAAUUCUUCCAGAACCAACGUUACCACGUAAAGCACCACGGGAAGCUAAAAGAGCAUUUGGGAACGGUGGUUGACGUGGCAGAGUACAAGGAUGAGGAGCUGCUGACGGAGUCGGAGGAGAACGACAGCGAGGAGGGCUCCGAGGAAAUGUACAAAGUGGAGCCUGAGGAGGAGAACCCCGACAAAAGCAAGGCGGCUGCAGCGGACAUCGACCAGAGAUAAUGUGAGAUAGGAGCGCAGAAAGCAAUACAUUGAUCCAAGGAUUUUCUGGGUUUAUUUUUAAUUUUUUUCUCUUUUUACUUUUUGUUUGUUUGUUCCCAUUGCGCAUGAUCCAUGUGCAAACCGAAUGAAUUCAGCAUCGCCCGAUCAGACAUCGCCUUGACACAGACACUAGAGUGUUACAGUUCCUACAUUUGACUGAAGUAAUCAUUGUAAUCACAUAGGAUUCUGCCUUCAUUAAUCUUGCACUUAUGACAGGGACAUCUAGCAAGUAAAUGGGAAGAAAAAGUCCUAUGAAAUCAAUGAAGGAAAAUUUACAACUUUGUGUGUAUAUAUAUAUAUUUACACAAAAUAUAUAUAUAUUAAAAUUGCAUGGGACGGAACUUUACAACCUGAAAGUAUAGACUGUGAAAUGAGUUCUUUAAAGAUGAGACUUGUUUAUGUAUUAAAACCACUUCACAAUGAGUUGCUUUGGCUUUUUGAUAAACUGCCGCCUGCUCUCAGGGUGUGGUGACUAUUUUUGAAUUCCUAUUUAUUUUCUAUGUUUAUCCCUGAUUUUUUUUUUUUUUCAUUAUUAUAUGGCUUCCUAUCUGGCAACUUGAUGGGUAAUUUUUGAGGUAUGUAUUUAAAGACGUAAAUCAACACUGCCAAAAAAA